AUGUCACUUCCGUUUCAAAGCACACCCCCGCGCAAGCAAACUACGCUUGACCUCAGACGCGCCGAAUCCCAGGCUACGCCUAUCACAAGGAAAGAGUCCGGAGCCCAAGGGCAAAAGAUUGAGCUCGACGGCUUUGAAAAGAAGAGAGAAGCAAUGUGUCGCGAAAUGUCAGGACGCUGGGUCGGCCCAUGCAAAGUCGCCGAUUUCUUUAGACUCACAAUGCCCAUCGAAUUGAAAAAGGGGAGUAAAGAGCAACUCCCGAAGAUUAACAAGAAAUUUUUUGCUGGAAAGAAACCAGCCAGCGAAAAAGCUAUGGUCAAGAAAACGAUAGAGUUCUUUGGCACGGAUAAUUUCGCUGGAAUCCAACUAGUUGAUACUUCAAAUCACCCGGAUCCGAAUUCCAAACGUGGCGCGAAGUUACGACCGGACAUAUCUAUACGCGAUAAAUCGGAUGUCAUCGACCCCAACUCACCGACGCAACUCGACGAAACUCCAGGUGGGUUAGAGGCCAAGAACUAUGUGGUGGACAUUCUCAGCGACAAGGGUCCCCUUUUCGAAAGUGAGACGUUUACAGCGCAGCAAGCUCGCGGCCAGUUAGCGACUUACGCAGUGGAAUUGUGCGCCCGUCAACACAGAACCCACUUAUUCUUCGUCUAUCUCUUCUAUCCUUACGCACGCUUCAUCCGCUUCGAUAGAGCGGGAGCCCUCGUCUCGGAACGAUUCAACUUCACGCUCGAUUGCACUCCUCUUAUUCGGUUCUUUUCGAGGUUCUCGAAGAUGUCCCGAGUUGAAAGGGGGUAUGACCCUACCGUCCAAGUUGCAGACGAACCUGAGACGAAGCUUGCUCGCGAACGCCUGAAGGAGUGGGCCCCGGAUCCAAAGUACGAACGCCCCGUGUUCAAGAUGGAGGUUUACGACCACCAGAGCGUAAACGGCGCCAAGAUGCCGAACCCUCGCAAGUUUCUCGUUUGGGGAGCCCUCGCCGGUCCAGAAUCGCCACUCGGACGGGCGACGCGUGGCUAUCCGGCGCUCGAAGUGACUCACGGAUUGGACCAGGCUAAGGAGGCCCCGCUUAUGUUCCUGAAGGAACAAUGGCGUUCCAUUGCGCUGCGUCCGGAAAUCGACACCCUUCGGGAACUCAAGGACAAGGAGGUUGAACACGUCCCCACACUUGAAUGCGGAGGCGACCUCCCUGGUCAAGUCACGCAGACGGCUAUGUACGCUGCAAAGAUCGGAAAGAGAGGGACCAAGGACAUCGACACGCGUAUACACGUUCGGUUUGUCGUAGUGGAGGUUGGUCGGCCAAUCGAGCGCUUCUCUUCCUCAAAAGAGAUGUUUAAAGCCGUGUACGACGCGUUCCAAGGCCACAAGCAAGCUUACGAGAAGUGUAAAUUACUGCACCGCGACGUGAGCGGAGGAAACAUCUUACUUGUUAAGGAUGGAGGUAUUUUGAACGACUGGGACAUGGCAGUGAACGUCGAGGAAGUUGAGCGCGGCCCAAGAGCCCAUGAACGUACAGGCACUUGGGCCUUCAUGUCCAUUGACCUAUUGAUGGGCGAAAAGCGCCCACACCGAAUCAGCGACGACCUGGAAUCGUUCUUCUGGGUGGUCCUUUAUCACAGCCUCCUCUACCUCCCCCACAACAAAGUCAAUAAACUCUACGAAAUCAUCACAGGUGUUUUCGAACAGUACACCUACUACUCCGAGGCGAAAGGUGGACUUGGGAAAUACGCCAUGGUGACGAAAGGACAUCACAUCGGCGGCGAUUCCCCGCCUCCCCUUGAAUUUACGGAGAACGCGCCGCUCACAGAAUUCGUGAAGACUAUCUUGAUGCUCAUGCGGAACUGGAAGCAAAGAGAACUUGCUGCGGAUAGCGCCGAUAACAUAACCACCCUCCUUUCUGGCACCGCCGUUCUUCAUCUCCGUUCUUUGGGACCCAAACAACCCGAAGUCCUACCCCCACCGACAGAGAAAGAGAUGCGAGAUGACAUGGAGGCUCUCUUCCAAUUCAUACUCAGUAUGGUCUGGCCCACGGACGACAAAGCCCAACUCCAUAUCGUGAGGAAACCCAUCGGCGCCACUGGUCAAGCGCCAGCGGAAGGUACUGUGGGUGGUGGGUCGAAGAAGAGGAAAAGUAUUGACGAGAGUGACCUCGAAAGCGAUGACGAGGAGCCCAAACCGAAGAAGGUGAAGAGCAUCACCUCGGAAGCACUUACUGAAGGACCCAAAGAACGCAAGUCGAAGAAGACGCCAUCCGUCGCGACGAGGAGGAGCACACGCUUACACAAGGGCACCACUAACUGA